AUGUCGACUCCGGCCGCAAACUUGGGAGACUUCCUUCGAGUAUUGAUGGCAGUGCAGGCUGUGCUCCUGACACUUGUCGACUGCCGCCGCAACAGCCGACACUUCCUGAAAUCCCCCCCCCCCGUACCAACGCGUGUAGACGACGUCAUCCCCUCCGACGUCGCUUGUCACACUCUGCCCGAACCCGCCACCGAUGGGGAACGAUACAUUGUCACCUUCAUCGACGAUUUCUCCCGGAAGACGUGGGUCAGCGCGCUGAGGAACAAGAGUCAGGUCUUCGACACCUUCCAGCAUUGGCACGCCAUGAUCGAGCGCUCGACGGGCCUCAAGCUCCGUGUCAGGAUCACCCUGCACUGCCAUCAAUACUCGAAGGAUUUUUUUUUUUUAGAAAACGUUCAUCAUAUUGCCCCCAAUUCCUGUUCCCCCUGUUUCGGCCUACGGAAAAACUAG